UGGUUCUCUCGUCUCAAGCUAGGGUUUUAGGUUGCGUCGGUGAGAGAAGGGAAAGGAAGCCCCAGCUCAGAGAUGGAGCAGACCUUUAUCAUGAUUAAGCCUGAUGGCGUCCAACGAGGACUGGUUGGGGAAAUCAUUAGCCGAUUCGAGAAGAAGGGUUUCUACUUGAAAGGCUUGAAGAUGGUGAGCGUGGAGCGCUCCUUCGCCGAGAAGCACUACGCCGACCUCUCUGCGAAGCCUUUCUUUGCGGGACUGGUGGAGUACAUCAUCUCGGGUCCCGUGGUCGCGAUGGUGUGGGCGGGGAAGAACGUGGUUGUCACUGGUCGCAAGAUCAUCGGCGCCACCAACCCGGCUGACUCCGCCCCCGGCACCAUCCGCGGGGACCUUGCGAUCGAGAUCGGCAGGAAUGUCAUUCAUGGAAGCGACUCGAUCGAGAGUGCGAGCAAAGAGAUUGCUUUGUGGUUUCCUGAAGGUGUUGCCGAGUGGCAGAGCAACCUCCACCCCUGGAUCUACGAGUAGGGAUGAACUAUUUGCUGCCUUAAAUUGUCAUGGUUGACCAGUGGUCCUAUUUAUUUCCUUCAGCUCCGAUAUUUGCUUGGUUAACCCAAGCGUCCUCUUAUAUAUUUCCUUAAGCUCCGACAUUUGCUUGGUUAAUCCAAGCGUCUGGGACAAUUUGAAAGUUAUGUCAUGUUGGUCGUGUAUUCCCCACCCAAACUUACUGGCUAUUUGGUGGCAUCUAUCGUUGUUUUUCCA